UUCCAUGGUUUAAAACCAUUGAGUUUCCUCUGCUUUCUCUUCACACUAACUUUACCUCACACUACUCUUUCCAUUUUCAAUUUCCCUCUCAGUUUUCCUUUCACUUCCCUUCAUUUUAGUUAAUGCAAAUAACUGAUAAAAAUAUCUUUCUUUUAGUAGUUGUUUUUCAACCUUGUGUUUGUCAUUUUACACAGGGUUCAUUUUCAACCACAUGCUAUAUUGCUAUCAAACUCAAACAUCUGCUUUAACUUUAUGUCAAUUUCCAUGUCAUAAUUCAUCUCCUUUAUAUAUAUACUACACUCUAUGUUCUUUUACUUACAGUUCUUCACUGUUUUUUGUUCAAAUUUUAGUUUUCUCGGAGGGGGGUGAAAAUACCCAAGAAAAUAUCUUUUUUUUAGCUUUAAAAACUUGAAUCUUGAACUGAAGAAUUAGUUUAAAUGGAGCUGAAAUAUGUUGAUUCUAAGGCAAUAUCAAUGUCUAAAUCAGUUGGUAUGGAGAUAAUGAAGUUUUCUAGCUCGUUAUUAGACUUAAAGCUCAAGUUUGGUGUCAAUGUGGCUCCCAAGUUUUGUUCUCGCAGAGGGCUUUCAACGAAGGCUUCUUAUUCAAGAACUUCUUAUGAUGCUACAAGUUCAGUCACCAAAAAGAAUUUCUUAGUGGACACUUUCUCUUAUCAGAUAAAUGGUACAAACCGUACAGGUUUGUAUUUUAGAGAUAAAUGGGUACUUGAUGCCUCUGAUGAUGAAUAUGGAGGGGUAAUCGUCAACGCAGAAAGACUACCAUCCAAUCCGGCCAUAUUUACGUCUGUGCUUCGUGCAUCUCUCGCUCAUUGGAAAGUGAAGGGGAAGAAGGGAGUUUGGCUUAAGCUACCAGUGGACAAAUGUGAUCUAGUUCCUAUUGCAGUAAAGGAAGGAUUUCAGUACCAUCAUGCAGAAAAAGGACAUGUCAUGUUGACUUAUUGGAUACCAGAUGAACCUUGCAUACUUCCUUCUAAUGCAUCUCAUCAAGUUGGAGUUGGAGGUUUUGUGAUCAAUAAUAAAAAUGAGGUGCUCGUCGUGCAAGAGAAACAUUCUGCGCCGGCUCUUUCAGGGCUAUGGAAAAUACCAACUGGUUUCAUUCUUGAGUCCGAGGAGAUCUUUACAGGAGUUGUGAGAGAAGUGAAGGAGGAAACUGGGAUUGAUACUGAAUUUGCGGAGGUUAUGGCUUUUAGGCAUGCACAAAACGUGGCCUUUGAAAAGUCGGACUUGUUCUUCGUCUGCCUAUUAAGACCUCUAUCAAAACAGAUCAUGGUUGAUGAUCUAGAAAUUAAGGCUGCUAAGUGGAUGCCUCUAGCUGAAUUUGUGGAGCAGCCCCUAAUACAAGGUGAUGACAUGUUCAAGAAAAUAAUUGACAUUUUUAUUGCUCGACUAGGGAAGCGUUACUGCGGAUUGUCUGUCCAUCAGCUGGUUUCCAAAUUUGAUGACAAACUUUCCACAUUGUACUUCAACACAGUUGAUGAUCCAGAUUUGAAUUGUCAAGCCAGUUAGCAUCACAAUCAGUAUGGAUAUUACACUUCACCACUCACAAUGACUAACAAUAUCACUUGGUCAUUUUGUGUAUAUGUAAUCCGCUGUAAUCUGCAGGGUAUUGACUCUGUAAAUAUGUAAAAUAUUUUUUUCAAGUGAUUAUCCAAGAAGUUUUUCUUCCCUCAA